AUGGCGGGGGGGUUGAAAGAGGAGGAGUGGGACAGUAGGGGUGGGGGGAGAGAGGGAGAGAAGGGGGGGUGGUUAGUAGGUGUCUGCCUGUGUGGGAUCAGGCAAGGGCUUGCCUAUGAAGCCAGGGCCACUCUGAAGUUUCCUGUCUGCAGUUGCUCCACGGCAGGGUCCUGCCCAGACACGGAGGCAAGCAGGCUAAGGGUAGGACUGAGGCUGGCCCAAGGAAAGAGACACGUUUCUGUCUGGCCGACAGGCAGACGGACAGACGGCAGGACGGACGCGCGGGUGGGGGCUGCGAUUGGCGGCUCGGCGGCAGGCUGGUGGAAGAUGUCGUCGGGCGCCGGUGGGCGGGGGGGGCGGCAAGGCCGGGCCUGCGGGGGCACAGGCGACGCAGAAGAAGGUCCCGUGGGUAUCCCUUUCCCUGAGCACAGUGCCGACCUGCUGGGGGGUCUGAACCGACAGCGGCUCAACGGCUUGCUGUGCGACGUGCUGCUUGUGGCCCAGGAGCGCGAGUUCCCCGCCCACCGCUCAGUUCUGGCUUCCUGCAGCACCUACUUCCACAAGCUCUUCACCUCAGGCCUGGCCGCUGACCGUCAGAGUGUCUACGCGCUUGACUUUGUGCGGCCCGAGGCGCUGGCCGCCCUGCUGGACUUUGCUUACACAGCCACGCUCACUGUCAGUCGCAGCAGUGUGGCAGACAUCCUGAGCGCCGCCCGCUUGCUGGAGAUCUCACCCGUUCAAGACGUGUGUACGCACCUGCUGGACACCAAAGUGCUCUCCCCGCCGGCGGGUAGUGAGCAAGGAGAGGACGAAAUAGAGGAGGACGAGGAGCACCGAAGGACUGGAGGAGAGAAGGGCAACCGAUUGCGCGCCCGCGAGUACUUGGAGUUCUUCCAGCGGGGGGCGCACUGGGGCAGCAGCUGUAGCACGCCAGAGCUCAGGGACCCGCCCGCACACCUGCACUUUAGCCAGCGCAACGGCAGCGCUGACAGCAACGGCACGCCCCCCGGCCCGGCCACUUAUUUCUCCCCCCUUGCCCAGGUCCUAGCCCAGCCACCCCUGCUCCCUGACCUGGAGGACGAUGACGAACAAGCUGAGGAGGAGGAAAAACAACGGGACGGAGUGCCUGUUGAUGUCACCAAGGAAGCGCUGCUGUGGACUCGGGGAAAUGGCGCAGACGCUCUCUCUCGCUUCUAUGCCCCGUCCCAAAAUGGACACUUCUACCUCCAUCCAAUGGAACCCAAGGUGGAGCGGGACAUAGAGGCCCCUGUGCAGAGGGAGACUGAGCGAGGGCCUGCCAGCACUCUCUUACAGCAGAUGAUGGACUCCAUAGAGCGUCAGAAGGACCGGGCCGCAGGGGCUGAGGAUGAUGGGCCAGACGGAGAAGAGCCCGACGUGGAGUUUUACUUGAAGUACUUUAACAGUGCGCAGCAAGAGGAGGCCAGCAGUGCUGCCAUGGCACAGGGCCUCCUGCCACUCUGGUCUGUGCGGGGUAAUAGUGGGGGUGGUGGGGGUCAGCCAGGCGGAGGGGGCGGCAGCAGCGGAGAGAGGAAGAUGCGCUCCAAGGCCUUCCAGAAGUGCCCCAUUUGCUCCAAGGUAAUCCAGGGGGCGGGCAAGCUCCCCCGCCACAUCCGUACGCACACAGGAGAGAAGCCCUACGAGUGCGCCAUCUGCAAAGUGCGCUUUACCAGACAAGACAAGCUCAAGGUUCACAUGCGCAAGCAUACAGGAGAGAAGCCUUACCUGUGCACACAGUGCGGGGCCGCCUUCGCCCACAACUACGACCUGAAGAACCACAUGCGGGUGCACACAGGCCUGCGCCCCUACCAGUGCUCCAGCUGCUUUAAGACGUUUGUGCGCUCGGACCACCUGCACCGCCACCUGAAAAAGGAUGGCUGUAACGGGAUCCCGUCGCGGCGUGGCCGCAAGCCCCGCAUACGGGAACAUGAUUUGCUGGAGGGGCCUCCAGAGCCUUCUGUCCAAGGUCAGCGCUCAUCCAGGGCACGGCGGCGCUCAGAGGGGGGUGGAGGGACUCCCGUCCUGGAGGACACUCCAGAGGGCCGGAUGCACAGUCCAGAUGGAGAAGGCCGAGGAGAUGAAAGCAUGAGGCAAAGGGACUUCGCCACGGUAUAAAAUCAGACACUGCUGGGUCAGGUGUGCUACACGUAAACCGGAGGAAAAAUUUAAAAAGCGAAAAAUGAGAAAAACGAAAGCAAACAAGAAAAAAAACUACAACUACAUGCUCCUCUUUUAAAAACCAAAUCAGGGUGUCACAAAAAUCUAAUCUCUUAGUUUCCGUUUCUCUUUCUCGCGCUCUUUUUUAAAUUUUUUUUGUUGUUGUUGUUUUCUUUAACAUUCAGCGUAGAGACAUAAAGCCACAGUUACUGGCCUGUCGAAAGAGCGAAGAGCACUUCAAAUCAUUCACCCGGGCUGUCUCCAUCUUUCUGGGUCAUUUUUUGUUUUGUUUUAUUUUGUUUUCUUCAUUUGUGUAUUUGUUUAAUUAACUUUGGCGUAAUGGCUUAACCAUAUGCAUACGACAAAGUGGAGCUACUAUGCAGUUGAAACAGGUUCCUCGUCUCUGGGUUGCAUUCCACAGGGCCUUUGUCUUUAAAAAAAAAAAAAAGAAAAAAAAAGUGAGGUGUCAAUCACCUGGCUGACUGCUGCUGCUGCUGCUAAUGCAACAGGUGAACGAAGAAGUGAUCCAAGAUGUGGGAGAAGCAACAAAUUAAUCUUUUUCUAAUGCAGUGAAAAACAUGUACAUAUACCAUACAGAAAAAGUCUUAUAUUGUCUCCGAUCAAUACGGCAAUAUUAUGCAAUUCUGAUGCAGCACCUUCUUUCUAAAUGUUCCAGAAAGAAUCAGACAGGGGUUUGAUUUUAAGUGUUACUUUCUCUAUAAAAGAAAUGGUUCUAUCUUUUUAAAAGGUUAACUUUUUGAGUCGAAUCCACUAUGGGGGGCUCAUUAAUUUUAGGCUGUGGGAGGAAAAGAGAGGGCAGGAGGUUGUGUGUUUUUGAAGCACUACCAUCAUCAGUUUGCCAUCGAGCAAAACCAUGUUGAAUCUGUACCUCUUGCAAGCCUGCUUUUCCUCUUUUUUAGCAUUUCUCUUUAUUUCUUUUUUUAUUUGUCUUAAUUUUUUGGUCAUUGUUGAUGUUUUUCCUUUGAAUUGACUGUUUUUGGGUACUUGACACUUUACAUUGUAUACAUGUGUGUAUAUAUUAGGUGAUAAUGAUAUUGGUCCCUUUAUAAGAGGUAUAUUACAGAUGGAUAGGGUUAUAUCUUCCUUCAGCUUCACUUCAGGUUGCUCCCUGGGUGAAGUUUGAAAAGGGGAAAACGCUGAGAGCAUUUAAUUGAAAUACCCGUUUUUGUUUUUUUUUUGUUUUUUUGUUUUUUUCUUCUACAGUCCUAAACUCAGCACUUGAUGGAACCCGCAAGUUCCCACCCGAAAUAUGAACCAUGAUACAGAUACAGUGCAUUUUGACGUUGUGUGUUUCUGCAGGGUUUGCCAGCAAGCAAGGAGAGACAGGACCAGUGUUUUCUGAACAGCUGGUGCACCAAGGCCAAGAAUGUUUUCUCUUUUCAUGCAGGGAAAGGAGAGGUAGAGACGAGCACCUUUUAUGCAUUUGCACAGCUUUACUAAAGAUAUCCAACAGAGAGAGAGUUCUAUUUAAAGAGAAGGAGGGGAGUUUUGAAGUGCUUAUUCCAGCAUUCUGCCCGAGGGACCACAAAAUCCAUGAGACGACCUGGGCGAUCAGACGAGCAAUAAAUAUGUACUUGUCCAAGAUGGGAGGCCAAAUAAGCACGCAGCUGCAGCUUUGUUGCAGAGAGCGUAAUCUAAUGGGGGGGGGGUUAGCUCCUCAAAACUAAAUCAUAGCCCAAAAAAUACUUCUAAACUGCCUGCCUGUCAAAAGUGGGGACAUCUAGCUUUUUCAGUGGUUAAUAUGUAUGAGCAUAAUUCUUUAUUUGUUAUUUUGACACAUAAGAAACUAAGCAGGUGGAAAUAUUUGAGACGGUGCUAGUUUGGGAAUAUCCCAUUGUUGUGAGGUCAGCAUGGUCAGGUGUUUAAACCACUUCCUGAAAAAAUAACCCACCAAGGAUCAGCUUGCUAGAGCCAAAAUAGUUAAAAAUAGUUCUCAUUGGUUACAGUUGCAGUUUAGUUUAAGACUAAUCAAUCCAUGUCCACGAAACUGGCACCAAAUUGUUAUUUAGGCAAAACCUAUUCUUCAGUCUUCAGACUAAAUAUACCCAAAGUUUUAGUAAAGAAGUGUUUAUGUAAACAAAUCCUUUGGGGGUACUUUUCCUUUAUUGAGACAUUGAGAAAAUUUAAAUUUCAAAAGAAGGAAAGGUAUCUCCAGGCUUCUUUCAGUGGGUAGUAUGUUGUCGCAGUUAGUCGGAAGAAUCUCCAGUUUUUUAUUAUUAUUUUUUUUAUAUAGAAUUUGAAAUGGUCCAAUAGAUAAUGUCCAAAAUUACUUUGUCUUUACAUUAUCUCCUAUUAAAAGUUUAGAAAAUUUUUUCCUUCUCCUGUAAAAGUACAGUUUUGGAGAUAUGAGGUUUUGUUCCGACAGCGACGUUAUACAUCUGCUUUUCACCCCAUGCACAAAGUUUGAGCAUAGACCUCCUCUCACUGAAUGUCAUGGGUAAAGUGGCUCUGUGUACUGAGGGGGAGCAGGGAGGGUGCAGCACUGUCCUGUGGCCACGUCCCAGCUACAUGACUCACUCUGAGGGGCUGGGAGCGUCAGGUUUGUGGGCACGUCCCAACAUGCUUUCCUCCAAAUUCUGACUUUGUGGCUGCACAGUUUUGUCCUUUUUAAAAAAAAAAAAAAAAAAGAAUUGGGCCCACUUAGACAGAGGAGCUAGAGCCUAUUAUUCCAGAGAGUUUGAUGGAUUUUG